AUGAUUACUAACUUUAUAAUUUUAGUAUAUUUAGGAUCAUGGACAUUAUUCAUUAUUUUGAUAAUAUUGAUUGGAUAUCUUUUAGAUAAAUAGUAUAAAUUAGCAUCAAUAUCUCCUCAAAUUAAUAAUAAUAAAAACCCUGGUGAAACUACUUUUGGAAUUUUACCAAUUACAUCUAAGAUAUAGAGUCAAACUAGAAUCCAACAAAUAACUAGAUUAGAUAACAAUGAAUUAGAAGAUUUUUUUAAUAAUCAAGGAGAUAAUUCACCUAAUUUGAAUUAAGAUGAUUAAUUAUAUAGUAAUGGGGAAAGAAAUAUUUCAGAAUAACAUUCUCCUAUUCGUUUCACUGUUGACCCAAAAUAAGUGUCAUCUCCAAGAAUUAAUAGAACACCUUAAAGAUCUAAUACUUUAAGAAGGACAAUUUUGAGAAAACCUACAAUUGGUACUUUUGAAGGAAUUGAUACUGUAUAGACUACAAAUAGAAGAAGUUUAAGGACUCCUGGAAAAAGAUUAUCAUAAAUACAAAGUGAUAGAAGUAGUAUAGGAGAUUUUACACCUAGAUCAAAUAAUUAAAAAUAUUAAUAAAAUCAACCAAGAAUAUCACAAUUUAGUAAUUUUGGAAGGGUUGAAGCAAUCAAAUAGGAUCCAAAUUAUUUAAUACCAAAACCAGAAAAUGAUUUUUAUGUAUAAAUUAAAAUAAAAAUAGAAAUGUCAUUAAUUUAGUAAAAUAUUUUAUUCCCAUAAAGAAGGGAUUUCAAGAAUAUUUAUGAUCCUUACAAUAUAUUUUCGAUAAAUAAUAUGUAUGGAUGUGUCAGGACUCCUCAUAAAUUAUUUACCAAAUUUCAAUUUUUGGAUCAUUAUAGGAAUUACAAUAAGCUGUUGUUUCCUAUUAAAAAUAAGUGAUUAUUAUUCAAUUAAAUGCAUUGUUCAUCAUCAUUAAAAGUUGAAAUAUGCUUUAAUAAUGGUUUGGAUUUCAAGUAUUGGAAUAAUAAUAUGGCUCAUAAUGUUUCUAAGUUUUGAUAAUUUAUAAUGGUUUAUUGAAUAUCUACCUAGUUUACUAUUAGAUUUAAUAGUGAUUGAUCCAUUAAAAUACUUUAUGAUCAAAUAUUGUUUGCAAGAACCAAAGAAAAUCAGAGAACCUAAAUCAAAGGUAGAUGUCCUAAAAGUAAUGCAAUAAAUUAAAUGA